AUGGAUUUACAAUGCUACAAUGAGGUUGCAGCUUUGUUUAUGCUUCUAAGAUUUGAUUUAUUCAUAAUAUAUUCUAAACUGAGCAAAAAUUUUGCAGCUUUGGGUUCUCUUAACAAACUUAUUGAAGGAUGUGGAACAUCAAUAACACCAGCACAUGAAAAAAUUGGUGUGGUUGAUGAACAAUGGAUUGUUCAUCAAACAAUUCCUACUCUUGGUGAACGAGGAGAAUAUGAUCAUGGAAAAGACAAAUAUGAUGCGUCAUCCACAGUUAGAGUCAAUGUAAUGAAGAAAUUACAAAUAGUUAGAGUCGUUGGUGAUGGAUUUAUUGUCGGUGUUCGAUCACGGUGGCUGCCGGUGAUUAUUCUGAGACAAACGCUGAGUUUGACAGAACUAUUUACACUAAUAUGUGAUUUCAAGAAAAUUACAGGCUGCAGUUACUCUGUAAAGAACAUAUACAAGUUGUGGUUGUUGUUUAAAGCUUUUAUAAUUGGCGAGGAACAUCGUGCCUUUGUAUAUAGAGAAGCUGGAAAGUUGCACAGGGCAUUCAGAACAAAAAUGGCGAGGUCAUAUCUAAAAGAUAGUAAGGGUGGUUUUGUUAAACAUCGUCCGGCCAAAUAUUCUUUUUGUAUAAAACAAGAUGAUUGGGAUAAAUUUGUAGCCCAACAUAUGACUGCAAAGUUUCAGAAAGUUAGUGAUGAGAAUCGAGAAAGAGCGUUAAAUCCUCAACAUCCCUAUAGAAAGUCACGUUUAGGGUGUGCUCGUCUUGAAGCUGAUAUGGUAGAAGAGUCAGAAGUUGGUGAGAUAAACCGUAGUCAAGUGUGGAAGGCUGCCCGCGUCAAUAAGAGCGGGGUGAUUGAUAAUGAGAAUGUUCAAAGAGUUGUGGAUCAAUGUGAGAAGUUAACAGAAGCUCUAUCUGAAGAAGAGAGACAAGACCUUGGUCCCACAAACAUAUUAUUUGAGGCUCUUAAUCUCCCAAACUACUCUGGACGUGUUAGGACUUAUGGUUUUGGGGUAUGUUCUAGGGACAUAUUACCACGCCAAAAUCGCCCCACACAAAUGGAUUUUGAAAAAUUGUAUGGCUUUUGUAAUUCACUCAAAAGUAGAUUGGAGGUGCUAGAGAGAGAAAAGAUUGAGAGAGAUAAGUUGGAUAGAGAGAAGCUAGAGAGGCAACAAACUGAAGAAGUGGAAGAAAGGCAACAACCUAAACAAGUGUCAGAGAGGUUGCAACAACCUGAAAAAGUGGCACAGAGGCAACACCUUGAACAAGUGGUAGAAAGGAAACAACCAGAAAAAGUAGCUGAGAGUCGACUUCCUAGUGAUAAAGGUUCUUGCAACCCUGGAUCAUUUGGCAACAUUCCAGAGGGUCUCUUUCCUGUUAAUAUAUAUUUAUCCUCCCCGAGUCGUUGUUUGGUUGCUCGUGGAAAACUAUAUAACACCAAAGAUGGAGAUGUAUCCAUGGUUGGUCAAGCAAUAGGAACAAUUGUGCCAUGGCCAACGAAACUUCUUGAAUUUGUUGCUGAAUGUGAAAAGAUUCCUGGUCAAUCCCAAAACAAAGCUGGUAUUGCAAAUUUACCUUUCCUUGAUAUGUAUGUGAAAAAGAUGAUGAGGGUUGGAUCAUUAAUUCAAAUAAAAAUGGAGGAAAGUAUAUUUGGUGAGGAGUUUUUAGAGCAACUACGUGUAGAGAGUAUAAAGGAGAUUCUUGAUCACAAUUGGUUAAGUGCAUCUAUUAUCACUGUAUUUUCCAGGUAUUUGUAUGACAAGUUUAUUAGUCCAAAUGGAUUAAUAAAUAAGUUCUCUUUCAUAUCUCCACAUGUAUCACGGGAGGAUAAUCUAGGAAAUGGUAUCUAUGAGUUCAACGCUUUUGGAUCAUGA